CAUUACAAUCACAACAGCAACAAUAAACAGUAACAACUACAAUAACAACCAGCAACAAUCAACAACAAUAGACAACAACAAAACCGCAACAAUAGGCUACAAAUUAAGGCACUGUCAUGUCCCAUUUGCUGAGGCGCACCAAGAAAUCCUGUCUCAAGUUGCUGCGCAAAAUUUCCACAUCAAAGCAACUGUUUGUGCAACGCCUGGACGAGGAUGAAGAAGACGAGGAUGAGACAGUGGAGGAGGAGCAGGAGCAGGUGCAGCAGCAAUAUAUUGAUGUGACACACGAUAAGCAAUAUAACAGCAACAACAACAAUCCAGAAAUAUCCGUCCAAUGUUUGGAAUAUGCCUAUGAAGCAGCAAUCCUUGAAAAGGAACAGGAGAAGGAGCAAGAGCAUGAGAAGGAACAGGAGGAGCAACUGCAGCAAUCGGAGGAGUCUCUUGAUAUACAGUUCGAUUUAAUGCAUUAUAAGGAGAAUGUAAGAUAUCUGCGACACACGCCUUCAAACUCCAGCCUGGAUCUGCAAUUGGAGCAACAGCAGCAACAACAACAGCAACAGUUGCAGCUGCGAGAAGUAGUGGCAACAACAAUGCCCACGAAACAACGUGCCACAUGCAGCGUCAGUGUUGGCUCCAAAUUCGAUGGGAAUUAUCACAAUGUUAUCAUCAUGGAGCAGCCGCCCAAUGAUGAUUAUCCCAUUGUCAAAUGGGACAUCAAUGGCAAUUCUCUGGACGAGGAGCACUUUGAUCUGCGGCAACAUUGGGAUGCCUUCGACAAUCGCUGGCGGCAAUUGCAAUCGUUGCAGGCUAAAAGACUUGGCAGCGGUCAUUCCCACUCCCAAAAGUCCAGUCAUCAUUCCAGCUCCUGCACCCUUGAGACUUGGAUCGAUGAUGCCGAGUUGGGAUUAUGUGAUGAAUCGCAGAAUUUACUGCAAACCAACAACAACAACUGUAACCAAUGCCUUAAGAGUUUCUGAAAUAAUUCAACAACAAAAAACUAAGUAUUUCCUGAGAAAAACCGCAAAAGAAAUUAAAAAUGUUAACGUAAGAAUCGGAAUUUUCUCUGUGCUACGUUAGAUUUAAGAGAACUUUCCAUUUUUUGAGAAUUAUAUGGCCGAAUUUUGAAGCGAGUUG